AUGAGAUACGCGGUGCUUGUGACAGGUCCGGCAGGAUCGGGCAAGACGACGCUGUGCGGCGCCUUGAUCGCACAUGCUCAGACACUCGGACGAUCCGUCCAUCUGUUCAACCUCGACCCCGCGGCAGAGCACUUUGACUAUCAGCCGAGCAUCGAUGUCAAGGAUCUCAUCUCGCUCGAUGAAGUCAUGGAAGAUCUGCAGAUGGGCCCCAAUGGCGGACUCAUCUAUUGCUUCGAGUACCUGCUACAGAACAUGGACUGGCUUGAUGCAUCAAUGGGCGACUACGAAGACGACUUCUUGAUCGUUGACUGCCAGAUUGAGCUGUACACUCACAUUCCCCUCAUUCCCCGACUGGUAGCACAGCUCAACCAACUCAACGUUCGCAUGUGUGCACUCUACCUCAUCGAAUCGCAAUUCAUGGAGGACACCGCAAAGUACUUUUCCGGCGUACUGAGCGCCAUGAGCUGCAUGAUCAACCUCGAACUGCCUCAUCUCAACUUGAUGACCAAGAUGGAUCUCGUCAAGUCGAGCAGAGAGUCCCGUGGGGCUAAGCCAAGGCAGUUGGAAAGGUAUCUUGAAGCAGACCCGAUGCUGCUCACUGACGAGAUCAACGCCAAGACGAAUCCAAAGUUUCAUGCGCUCAACGAGACACUCGUCGAUCUCAUCCAAGAGUACAGCAUGGUGUCUUUCCUGCCGGUCGAUGCGUCAGACGAAGAGUCGCUCACUGUGUUACUCUCGCACAUUGACAAUGUCUUACAAUAUGGCGAGAACGAGGAGGUCAAGGAGCCCAAGGAUCUCGAUGGAGGUGACUUUCCCGAGGAAGAGGAUUGA